GCUGGGCAGGCCCGGCCAGUGUGAUUUUCCUGUAUACAGUAGAUUUCGGUUUGAAUCUCGCGCAGCUCGAGCGCGAGGCCAGCCACGCUCCUCAUAGCCGACGCUGACGCCCCUCCUGAGGCGAUAGCGGCGCGUUUCUCUUUCCUUCCACUGACGAGACCGUCCAGGUCGUUCUGCGGGUACUUUCUGCUCCUCCUGCGGCUAAUUUUCUGUACAAACUACUCUUUCAUCCUCCUAAUUCUUCGUACAAACCCCGAAACCCCCCUCCGAGCGGGUUAUUUACAUACUGGUUAGCGUGCUUUGAAGGCGGCGGAGAAAUCCCACGCCUUAAAAAAACAUGAACCACCCAUCACUAUAUCGCGCAACUUCCUCUAAUUCUCUGGCCAUUUCUUCGAAUCUCGAUGCUUUGCUUGACUACGACGAGCAACAUCGCCGACAAGAAAGCGGCUCUUCAUUACCUGAACGACCGGUUUCCACCACUCCCUUUGACCAUGACGAGUUCAUUACGAAAGGCCUACCGCCGCCUCCGCGAGGACCGCGUAAACCUCGGUCGCGAUCCACUAUUCUGACGCAUAACGAAAAUGUGCUCGAAUCUGCCGCGUCGAUUUACGGGAGUCAGGAGCAAAGUGCAGUUGAACGUCAGGAUCAGAAUUCUCCGAGGAGUGUCGGGGAGUCGUGGCAGCGAUGGGCACCCGGUGCGACACAAAAUCCGUUCAUAAAUCCUGCUCCAAGCGGCAUACCGCGCGGUGGUCCAGCCAGUCUACGAUCGGUCUCUACGAAACGGUCGAGUGAGGGCACGAUCUGCGAUAUCGACGAACGACCUCAGUCCGUCCUGUCCUCCAUAUCCUCCACCUCGUUCAUGCAAGCUUCCCGCCAAACGUCCGCGUCAACGUCACUACGGCCACAUUCGCCCCUUAAACCCGAUUUAUCUUCUCGCGACCACGUCGCCGAGACGGAUCGACCACCAUCAUCACUCUCGUUCGCUUCGUCGUCCAAGUCGGUUACACGGUCGGCCACGCCGCAGCAUGGAGACGCAAACUCACGGCGUCCACCAGUCGAAUUGCGGGAGGAGAUGCUGUCGCCAGCACCGAGUGAGAAGCCGUUCGGGCAGUUGCACAGGCUACUAAGCAAGGUCGGGAUCUUCGAUGGUCUCCAUGCGAGCGAGCGCGUGUCGAAGCAUCCUCAUCCCCAGACGGCUGAAGGGGCACGGAAGGAGGGCCACCUGGAUAUCGGGCUGUUACGUCUUCGUGGACGCAAAAGGCACAAGGAGAAGCCGCUGGGUGACGGGGGGGAGACGGUGGCCGUGGAGGGCGGGGGACGAUGAGCGUUCACGAUUUUAGGCUGCAUAUCUAUUGUAACAUAUACCGUACAUCUGCCGUUGGGCACGUAAUGCAGCAGUCCGGGUGACUGCAAC